AGGGAGGGAUGAGGUGGUCAUGGAACUGGGAUCGUCUGGAGGGUAAGAGCAGGACCUGGGUCAGUGCGGAGAUUGAAGCCAUGGUGCAGUGCUAAGAGGAGGGGCCCUUAGCACAUUGUGAGGGACAGCCCCAGCGUGAUUGUGACCCGCUUUCUCCCGGCCAGGACCCUCUAGCUCUGUGGACACUGUGGGCACAGUGGGCUGGGGGGGCCUAAGGGCCCUGGUGGCCCUGGGGACGGCCAUGGCCAUGGCUGAGCGGCCACGGCCUUGCUGGGCCUAUCACAGCCCCAACCACAACAAUUGCCAGGACGUGGGCAACUCCAUCCUGUUGCUCUUGGGCCUCAUCAUCUGCAUUAACAUUGGCAUCAACAUGGUGACCCUGCUCUGGAGCCGACUCCGCGUCAUCUUAUACCGAGUGUUCUGUGCCAUCUGUGAGAAAGAAGCCCCUAAACCGCCCCCCCCACCUGAGAAGCCAGCUCAGCCCUCGAAGCAAGGUGUCCCGGAAGUCCACCUCCGAUGCACCAUGGACCCUGUGAAAAUGACCGUGACCCCUCCACCGGUUCGCCGCCAUCGCCGCCGAGGCUCUCCCUCACGCCGUGCCCACCGCCCCGUGGUUUGGGCACCUGACACGGAUGACGAGAAGGUCUCACCUCAGCACCCAGCAAUCUGCUCCCACCACUGUGACGGCCCCAAGAACUGGGAAGGCUUCCAGUCCAUCCAGGGCGUCUGGGCUCCCUGGACUCCAGACGCUCUGGAGCCGGCUCCCCACACCAUCCGCUUCCAGUCAAACAUAGAGGAGAGGCCCCACAAAAUGGACUUACGAUCGGAGCUGGGCCUGGAGGCCUACGUGUACCCUGUCAACCCCCCGCCUCCCAGCCCUGAGGCCCCGUGCCACAGGAACAGCGGGGCGGGGGCAGAGGCGGGCGCGGAGGCCGAGGCCGCCCAGUGCCAGGCUCAGCCCGCCCCUCCGCCCAUCCUGGGCCCCGCAAUCGUUCCCGAAAUUCCCCGGCGCCGCUCCUCAGUCCGAAUAGUGUAUGAUGCCCGGGACGUGAGGCGGCGGCUUCGGGAGCUGACGCGGGAGGUGGAGGCCCUGGCCCGCUGUUACCCUGUAGCCUCUGGGUCCAGCACUGCUGAGGCAGCAAGUAAAGACUGGGUGUAUCGUUUCCUGACUGCAAGGUGAAUCGGAGCGGGGUCG